AGUCUUUAUUGGUUAAAUGUCUGGUAAAUUUUGCUUGCUCGAGCUCGCUUGCUAGUUUAGCUUGCGUUGUCCAGUUUCGCCAAGUUAGCCAGCAACCCAGCGAGCUAGCUGAAGUUGUUAAAAAAAAACAAAAAACAAAAAAAAAAACAAGCGGACUUUGCUGAGUGAUGAAAUACGGAACAAUAAAACUAAGCAAGCGAACUAUGCUGAUUGGUGAAAUACGGAACAAGUUGUGCUUUUGGUGAGGAAACAAGAGUGAAGAUGAAUCUCGUGCUUCUGCUGACGCUCGCUGUUGCAGGAGGUCAGGUUGCCACUUGUGGUGGGGGCUUCAACGGCGUUCUUCCCAGCCUCCACCGCCCGGCCAACCACAGCCACAUCUUCUACGCCGUGAUGUUUGACGCCGGGAGCACGGGGACCAGAAUUCACAUCUACACUUUCAUCCGCAAGGAGUCAGAGGCGCUGCCCGUGUUGGACAAUGAGAUGUUCCACUGGGUGAAGCCCGGUUUGUCAGCCCACGCCGACUCUCCCGUGACGGCUGCGCACUCGCUGAGGGAGUUGUUGAAGGUGGCCAAGAGCACGGUGCCUCGUCCGGAAUGGAAGAGGACUCCGGUGGUGCUAAGAGCCACAGCUGGACUUAGACUGCUGCCUGCCCCCAAAGCCCAGAGUCUCUUGGACCAGGUCCGACGUGUGUUUGAUGAGUCUCCGUUUCUGGUCCCUGACAACAGCGUGAGCAUCAUGAACGGCACGAGUGAAGGAAUCCUGGCGUGGAUAUCAGUCAACUUUCUGUCAGGCCACCUUCAUGCUGGGACCAAACAGACGGUGGGAAUCCUGGAUUUGGGAGGAGGAUCCACGCAGAUUACCUUCCUGCCACACGUCAAGGCAGACGUUGAAAAAGCAGACGAGGUUGGCAGACUGAACAUCUUCAACUCCUCCUUUGUGUUGUACACUCGCAGUUACCUUGGCAACGGGCUGAUGGCGGCACGACUUUCCACGCUGGGAGCGCUCGGCGCCCGAGGGCCGCCGCAGACUGUUUUUAAGAGUCCAUGCUUGCCGAAAGAGUUCCAGGACCGGUGGAGCUUUGGGGGGGAGACCUACCAUGUGAGCGGAGACCCAGUUGGUGCAUCAGGAUUCGACGUGUGCUAUCAGGACGUGUUGAAGACAGUCAAGGGGAUUAUUCAUCAACCGCAGCAGCUGAGAGACACCACCCAUCUUUUCUACGCCUUCUCUUACUACUUUGACCGAGCCUUGGAUGCCGGCCUCAUUGAUGAAGUCCAGGGAGGAACGCUGGAGGUCAGCGACUUCACGAGAAGAGCCGAGGAGGUGUGCAAGAAGAGCAGCAGGGAGACUCGCAUCAGACCUUUCCUGUGUCUGGACUUGACCUACAUCUCCUCUUUGCUCAAGGACGGCUUUGGCUUCAAGGAGAGCACACGACUGCUGUUGGCCAAGAAAGUGAACAACGUGGAGGCAAGUUGGGCCCUGGGGGCCAUGUUGGACCACCUCAACUUCUUGCAAACAGCGCCACCACAUCCCCAUAGGUGGCGCCCUCUGUCGUCAUGGUGACCAGUUCAUGUGGCGGAGAGAGGACCACGACGGAAUCUGCAGGGCCUGAAAUGGAGAACAAGAACCAUAGUGGUCAUGUGAACACACCCCGGUUAAACAACCACUACUUGUAUGUAGCGAAGCACAUGUAUUUACUUUUUUUAUCUUUGACUCAGCAUAAUUCAACAACAUAUUACAAACAUACAUAGUACGUAUGACUGUGUACAUUUACUGUAAUGCAGGGUGUCCUUUAUGUCUGGACACACACACACACACACUAUACCAAAAACAUUUAAUUAACAUAUUACUCAUUUAUCCACAAUAAGUAAAAUAUGAAUAAUGUGUAUAUGGACACACACCUUUGUAUUAAAUGUUUAAGAAAUA